AGUUCUAAAACCAUCACUUCCCACAAUAUCCAAGGAAAAUGUCAGCUGAUGCAUGCGACAGGCGUUUGGUUCGAGUCCCGGGAACCAUGGCGUCGUACCCACCACCUCAACAGACCGACCCACUUUCAUGUCCUAGGUGUGACUCAAACAACACCAAGUUCUGCUACUACAACAACUAUAACCUCUCUCAGCCUCGCUACUUUUGCAAGUCGUGCCGUCGUUACUGGACUCAUGGUGGAACUCUGCGUAACGUUCCUGUUGGUGGUGGCACCCGAAAGGCUUCCAAGCGCUCUCGAUCUUCUUCCUUCAGUGUCACGCGUGAAGCCGCGUCUUUGACUACGGAUGUUAACCCUGCCUCCGUCAUGCCUGGAACCGGUGUUAAACCUCAAAUGGAUUUCACUUCAUUGUUGAAUUCUCAGGGAGAAGGGUACUUGGCACUUGCUGACAACGAGUUUUGUGCCGGUUCAGGGUUUGAUGGGGUUUGGGAUUAUCUUGGUGGUUCCAAUGGCGGAAAUAGUGGUAAUACAUGGCAAGCAACAACCGAAUAUGAAGGGUUGGUUGAUGUGGAUUUUGGUUGGUCUGGGCUUACAAUUCAGCAGCAGGGACAGAUUUGAAGUGUGAAGAUGACC